CCCGAUGGUAGAUAUUUAUAUCCAUGUGAUCACUGCCAAAGACAUUUUGUUCAUCCUCUGAUCUCAAUCGACACAUUGGAUUCCAUGAGAGUAAGGAUAUUCGUCCAUUUAAAUGUGAAUUCUGUGAUUACCAAAGUCGCACAAACAGUCAACUUAAAGUUCAUGUUAUGAGACAUGCUGGAAUCAAACAAUAUCUAUGUCAUACCUGCAACUAUAAUGGAGUAACCCAAUCUGAUCUGAAUCGUCAUCGGAAAACUCAAUCACACAAAUCAAGAAGUGGGAACAUUUGUUCAAUAUGUUCAUUGGGAUUUUCCACAGCGACAUUACUUGAAGAUCACAUAUUCAAGUUCCACGACAACAACAAUAACAACAGCGAAAGCCAUGGAAAUAAUGACAAACGAGGACUAUCAGCAAGUCCAAAAGAAUCCAAAAAUGGAUCGUGUUUAUCAUCUUCACCACUCGAAGCAACUUUAUCCGUCUCGAUAAAAGAUGGACCAACUGCAUCGACAUCGACAUCGACAUCGACAAUGUCAAUGUCAUCAGCAUCUUCACCAAGAAAAGCAUCCAAAACAACAACUCCACCACCUGCAAUGUCCGAACCCAUGAAAACCGAAAAAGUCAAUGAGAUGGACAAGAACAACAAUAAUAUCGACAUGAAUCACAAUAAUGUUCUAGGGCUUAAUGCAAAUAGAUUUUCAGUUAAUAACUUGUUGUAAGUGUUUGCCCGGAAGCAAAAGAACGAGAUUAUCUGACUGCGAACAUUCUUUUGGUCAAUCACCUGACUUGACAAACCUCCUCGAUUGAUGAGCAUUUCAUUGAUUGCUCUUACCUGUUGAUUGCUACCAGAGCAUUUUAUUAGUAUUAUUACCCGGUCUUCCUGUUUGAUUGAAUUCCCCAAGUUUCAAUUUUUCCUGAUCAUCUCAUCAAUGUUAUCACUUGUAAUUCGAGGUGAAAGUAGUUGAAUCUUUGUUAAAUAUUUCACAAUUUUCUAGAUACAAUGUAAUGUAGACUGAGCGAGCUUAGUGCUGAGCUACACUGAGAGUAGACUGGAAUUAGCUCUGACAAGAUUGAGCCAAGUUGCUUCAUCUUUCGGAUGUUUCCACAAUCAAGCAAAAUUAUGAUGACUCGAAACCAAUGGCAAUUGCAUUCCCACCAAAUCCAAUUAUUUCCAAUAACUUAACGAAAUGUGAACACAAAAUGUGUAUUCCUUGUAUUCCUUGUAUAACUUAUUAUCUCUUCUUUCAUUUGAUUGUUUCCACUUUUUAAACCUUAACCAUUUCCAUUUCCAUUUCCAUUUCCUUUUCUCGUUUCUAUUUUUUUAUGAAGGUACAAUUUGCCCUAGACUAUGUUCCUCAUCUGUGAACAUGGUGAAUCUUGGUCAUGAUCCAAUUAAUUGCAAUAUUUAUCGACACCAUCAACACCCAUUGAAACAGUUAACUGGAAAGUUAUCAAUGAACAAGAAAUCAAAUGAAAUUAAUACGAGCUUAUGCCUUAAAAUACUUGGUUGCUUUAUGGCUUAAAUUGAUAACUUUUUUCUGUGAUUGUACAAAUUAAAUCAUUUAUUAAACAUUAAAACACCUUUAUUAUAAUAUAUUA